AGCCCACUUGUUACUAGGAUCUUUGACUAGGAAGUCUUAAACAUUCCACCAAUCCCGAACGUUCGACAAGUUUAGCCAUCUUGCAGUAGGUUAAGUGCAGAGGAGUGAAAUUGGUUGGCGAACGGUGACAAACUUCUAUCAUCGACGAGAAAAAAGAGUCACAAGAGCGUGAUUUGUGUUCAUUUCAUCAAAGCGGUCGAACACCAGAUUGUAUCAGGACUUGAAACAAACAUUCAGGUUUCGAUUAGGUGGGCACUAUUUGUGUCAGAAGAGCGUACUUUGAGUUUACUCCAUCGAAGCGGUCCAACAUAAGCGAUAUCAAACACUUCAAACAAAAGUCAUGCAAAUUCCGGAGCACUUCACAGAAUUAUCUAUCCGGAUGUCUGAAGCACUUGAUGACAGUGGAGCUGACAAGGAAACUGUAUUGGAGCGGAGGAGAACUUACUUGCUGAGGGAGCUAAUUGAAAAGAUAGGACGGCAACUAGAAGGAGGUAACGUUGAAUGUUUUCAUUUCGGUAGCCAGUCGGAAGGGACCACAACUCCCGGUCUCCAGUCUGAUAUUGAUUUCCUAUCUAGUUUCAAAACAUACAAUAUCAUGACCGUCUGGGAAGACUGGAAGGCUUCGAUGGUUAACUUACUGAUGCUCCGCGACGACACCAUUCCACCACAACAGUACUUGCUACAAGUCAUCCAAGAAGACACACCGGAACCGGAGACCAGUCUGAUCAGUGAUAUGUACGUAGCAAAAGAUACUGGGCAAGUACUGUUCAGCGCUGAAAGAUUGAAACAGAGCUAUGAGUAUUUGUUUAAGGUAAGGAAUGGUGGAGAUGCAACCAGAAAUGGGCCUUCUGUGAGUUUUGUACCUAACUGGGAUAUUGUACACGCAUUUCAUGUGCUCAAACCGCUUCCUGAAAUACAACACUGGAUAGACAGAUGUAGAGGUAGACCAUGGCCGUCUGUUCAUUUACUUGAGGCUGCACGGGUAGCGCCGUGUUUCCUGGUACCAGCCGGUCAUCCAGACAGUGACUACAAGCGCGAAGAAUGGCGACUGUCUCCAAAUCUAAUAGAACGGAUGUUGAUGUUUAGCUUUAAUAUGACACAAAUAAAAUGUUACAUUUUGUUUAAACUAAUAAAAAAAUCAUUAUUCGCUAAAAUUGUAGGAGAAUCUAUUACAAGCUUUCAUUGUAAAACUAUAAUGUUUUACACCAUAGAAAGAACACCUCCUUCUCUAUGGUGCGAACACAACCUUAUGUUUCUUCUUUUGCUCUGUUUACACGUAUUAAAGCGAUGGCUGCGAUUGGGAAGGCUCCCGCAUUAUAUCAUAGAAGGAGUGAACUUGUUCGAUGGGAAACUCUCAAAGUCGCUUCAGAAACGCCUUUUUGUGUAUAUAGACUCAUUGAUACGGGACAACUUGCAAGAUGUAUUCUAUAUUAAUAUAGAUAAUAUAGGAUGUCGGUUACAAGCGUGUAGUAUGCGGUACAUUGUACAGGCUGGAGAACUCAGAGGUGUAUGCUUACGUCACAGCAUCAGAUUACUGCUGAGGUUUGAGGGUUGUGAAAUGUUGGUAGUUAGGUUGAUAGAAUUACAACAUCGUCAACUCAGUUCUCAUACAACCUUCGAGCAAGAUUUAAAAUAUGUUAUAUACAAAUUUUAUAAAAACUCAACGAAUGUCAUACUUAAAUCUGCUGCUAUCGAAUGGAUUAAAGACCUUUACGCUUUACACAUUUCAAUUCAAGGAACUUCUUAUUUGCGACUACAAAACGUUCUUGACAGCGAAAAUAUAAGGCGUGUUCAAUAUUCCUUAAAUUCGGAUGUAGCUUCUAGUCGCUUAAAGUUUGCUUCUAUGUUGUACUGUGGUGGUCAUCUUCGAGCGGCAGUUCGAGUGUUGAAGGAUGUAGAGGGGAGGUAUCACAGCAAUGUCAAGACUGUGUGUGGAUGUAAAAAAAUGCAAGGAGACAGGGAUCUGACGGUGUUUGCAAAUAUGUUAUCAGGCAACACUGACAACGAAUUCAGCAAACAUUUUACAUUCUGUGUCAAGUUAUUUAGGCAAGAAUCGUACUGCACUCCUUUCAUAUUGCUGUUUGAAAUGAAUCGCAAUAUCAGUGAAGAGGAAGUUGCACAGAGAAAUAUCAUAGAGAAACAGUGGAUGGACACUGCUGAGGUUGAUGCUCGUCCAUUCCUACACUAUCUUCAGUACCUCACGUAUGGGGGACUCGGUGAACGUGGCAAUCAGCUUAAUGCGUUGAGAUUCUUAGAGUCUUACAUAGGUGAUGAAAGAAGUUGGAUACACAUGCAUCACGCUGAGACUUCAAUAAACUUGUUGGGAACACUGCUAUGAAAUGGAAGGAGAGUAUGAAGGUGCGUUAUAUUACUACGAACAUUCGUUGCGUAUUAACGAUACAAAUAAUGCUGCUAAUUGGCACUUCCGGCGUGUUUUGCGUAUUAUGAGUGGUUAAAAAUACGAUCUAGAAAGGUUUCUAACAAUUUGUUUAUGAUGGCAGUUAACAUAAUGUCGUUUUUAAAUUAAUAUAAAAAAUUAUAAGUUUGUAGUAAUGUUUAUAUGUAAACCCAGAAUGAAAACAAUUUAAAUUUGUUCAAAGAAUCAUAAUGACAAUGUAUUCUAGAUCAACACAUAAUUCAACUUCAACAAUUUUAAGGAUAUAGAUACCUGACAUUGUCCUCAAAUAUUGUGAAAGGAUUUAUUUUUAAUUAAUUGUAUUAUGCGCAUCAUAUGAAUACAUUUCAGUUUGAAUGAGUGUGUUUCAGUUACUUUUAACUAUGCUAUUUAUUUAGAGAUCAGAUGUCGUUGUUCCUGUUUGUUACUUAUUUUUGCUCAAUAGAUUUUCUAAAAGCUCUUUU